UACAGCAAGUGUGACAGUGGCUGAACAAAUUCAUCUCAGAAGUUAAUUAUGAUAGUCAUCGGUUAAAUUCGUUCUGCUAGUGAAGCAGAAUUUCAAGUUGUUUCUUGAUAUACUUAAAUAAGAAAAUGAGUCCCUGCCAUUAUAUUGCUGUAUUCUGCUUGCAGGUGAUGCUUAUAAUUGCGGCUUUUGGGUUUCCAGGGGAACUAACUGGAAAUGAAGAAGAACCUAUGUACGCUUCCGAUGAAUACAAUAAUAAAACAACAUAUAUCCCAAAUCCAGAAAAUAUAACUAACAGCGCUAAUCUAACUGAAAUUGCCACAGUGACUUCAGAAAAUGUCACUGACAAUAGAACAUCAGUAGAAUAUUCCUCAGAAUAUGAAAAUAACAACAGUACAUCAGUAAAAAGCAAUAACACUUUAGAAUAUGAAAAUGAAAACAAUGACGAUGCAGAAUCAGCGACACCACAAGAAUAUAAAGAGAAAGGGCAAAAUGAAAACAAUUACGAAAUUGAAUCAGUGACACGCCAUGCGGACGUGGUAUAUGCUUCAGAUGAGAAACCUGAUCAAGAAGCAGCUGAAGCGAAAAUACGUCAGGAGCGACAGAAAAUACGUCCGGAGCGACAGAAAAUGCGUAAAGGUUUUGUCGAUAAAUGCAUAUACACCAGAUACGUGCGGAUCCAAGAUAAGUACGGCUGUGAGAUGUGCACGUGCAUCUACGAGAAGGCCAUGAUGCUGUGCUCGCCGUUCAAGUGCAAGGACCACGGGUUACUGGCCACCGAGAUGGACCCGAUUACGUAUAACGAUUAUGUUUUAGGCGUUGAAACGCAUUUUAGUGAAUACAAAUGCGACCCUGGACAGGUGAUUGAAACAGGCAUGCUCUGCGAGUGCAAGUGCGUACAGCGGGACAUCCUGUCCUGCCCGCUUACGUGCCAAAUCGGCAGACCGCUCAACUAGUGUGCCAACAAGUCGCUCGAGCGGCGUCCAUGUAAAAAAAAUGCCUGUGCCGACUGUCUACGUUCUAUCAAGUCAAGAAAAUAGCAUUCGUAGCAUUUUUUGUCUAAUCGUUUAUUUUAAAAUUUUAAUAAAUACCUACCGUUGGUGCCCUGUUGCGUCAAUAAUUAUUUAUUUCCACAUUAUUGGUAUUUUUAACUUCCUGUAUAAAUACUGUGUGAAGGAAAAUAAAAAGCUGUCAAGUUACAAGAA